CCCUGGGCAUGUGUGCAACUGGAUCCGAUGAGCCUGGCCCAGAGGGCCUCACCUCCACCUCUUUGCUGGACCUUCUGCUGCCCACUGGCCUGGAGCCACUGGACUCAGAGGACCCCAGUGAGGCCAUGGGACUGGGAGCCCCUGGCUCAGGCUUCCCCAGUGAAGAGAGUGAAGAGUCCCGCAUUCUGCAGCCACCACAGUACUUCUGGGAAGAGGAGGAGGAGCUGAAUGAUUCUAGUCUGGACUUGGGACCCACUGCAGAUUAUGGUUUCCCAGACUUAACUGAGAAGGCAGGUUCCAUAGAAGACACCAGCCAGGGUCAAGAGACACCGAGCCUCCCCUCUUCCUUGCCCAGGAUGAACCUGGUGGACCCACUCUGGCAUAUGGCUCUUGGAGAGGAGGAAGAAGAGGAAGAGGAGAGGGAGAAGGAGGAGGUAGAAAAGGAAGAAGAGGAGGAAGAGGAGGAGCUGCUGCCUGUGAAUGGAGCCCAAGAAGAAACCCAAACUCAGGCCCAUGACUUUUCUCUCAUCAGCAGCAGCCAGACACCAGGGGCCCCCAAACACAGGCAUGAAGAUUCUGGGGAGCAGGCCUCCUUGGAUGUGGAGGUGGGGAGCAGCAUGGAGCCAAGCCUGUCACCACCCUCAGUCACCCCAAGUACAGUGACUCUGGUGGGUCAGGACUUCACCAGCCAAAAGGCAGGGGUCACAAUGCUGCCAGCCGCAGGGCAUGAGGUUGAGUUUGAGGUCCCUCAGGAGGCAAGUAAGGAGGCUACUGUGGGAACAGCUGGAUUGGCUGGCAAGCAAGGGGAGGUGUUGUCCUCAGCCUCAUUCCCUCAAGCAGAAGCCCCCAGUGGGGCUGAGACCCCAAAUGAAGGCACCCUUUACCCUGGAACUUCAAUUGCUUUCCCCCUGACCCCCCAAGACAUGGAGCUGGCACCUUCCUCUGCUAUCUUGGGAAAAGAAGACCUCAGCCAGCAACCCCAAGAAGGGCAGGCCGCUGAAGCUCAAUCCAGAAUCCCCUGGGAUUCUACUCAGGUGAUCUGCAAAGACUGGAGCAAUCUGGCUGGGAAAAACUAUAUCAUUCUGAACAUGACAGAGAACAUAGACUGUGAGGUGUUCCGGCAGCACCGGGGGCUGCAGCUCCUGGCCCUGGUGGAGGAGGUGCUGCCCCGUCAUGGCAGCAGCCACCAUGGGGACUGGCACAUCUCCCUGAGCAAACCCAGUGAGAAGGAGCAGCACCUUCUAAUGACCCUGGUGGGCGAUCAGGGGGUGGUGCCAACUCAAGAUGUCCUUUCUAUGCUGAGUGACAUCCGCAGGAGUCUUGUGGAGAUUGGCAUCCAGAACUACUCCAUGACAAGCAGCUGCCAGGCCCGGGCCAGCCAGGUGCGUAGCGACUAUGGGACGCUCUUUGUCGUGCUGGUGGUCAUCGGCGCCAUCUGCGUCAUCAUCAUUGUGCUGGGCCUGCUCUACAACUGCUGGCAGCGCCGGUUGCCCAAGCUCAAACACGUGUCACACGGCGAAGAGCUGCGCUUCGUAGAGAACGGCUGCCACGACAACCCCACGCUGGACGUGGCCAGCGACAGCCAGUCGGAGAUGCAGGAGAAGCAGCCCAGCCUGAAUGGCGGGGGGCCCGUAAACGGCCCGGGGGGCUGGAGCGCGCUCAUGGUGGGCAAGCGGGACCCUGAGGACUCGGACGUGUUCGAGGAGGACACGCACCUGUAA